AUGUCAGGAUUUGAUGAAGGAAAUGUAACAGUUAGUGGUGGUGGAGGUAAAGGUGGAUUUAAAAAAAACAAUGGAUUCGUUGAAGAUACAAGCGUUCGAGAUUUAUUUAAAAGAUUUAUAAAUGAAUGGAAGGAUCAAGAUAAUGUAUUUAUAUAUAAAGAACAAUUAAGACAACAUUAUAAUUUAGGAUGGCAUUAUAUUGAAGUUAGUAUUGAUCAUUUAACAGAUUUUAAUCAAGAAUUAUCAGGUCGUUUUAUUUCUUCACCAAAUGAAUUAAUGCCAUCAUUUGAAGAUGCAAUUAAAGAUAUUAUUAAAGAAAUGAAUUAUAAUAAAGAACAAGUUGAUGAAGAUAUUCAAAUAUUAUUUAAGAGUUCAGCUAAUCCUGAACCAAUUAGAUAUUUAAGGGCAGGAUUAAUUAGUAAAUUGGUAAAAGUUCAAGGUAUAGUUAUUUCAGCGAGUAGAACUCAACCAAAACCAUCGACGAUGGUAGUAAAAUGUAAAAAUUGUCAACAUACCCAAACCUUACAUAUUAGACCGGGCAUUGUAUCAUCUGUACUUCCACAACAAUGUGAGAGAGGAUCAAAUGAUGCAGGUAAACCAUGUCCAAACAAUCCAUAUGUGGUAUUAUCGGAUCAAUCUACAUUUGUAAAUCAACAGAUUUUAAAACUUCAAGAAUCACCUGAAACAAUUCCAACCGGUGAAAUGCCACGUCAUAUUAUAUUAUCAUUGGAUAAAAGUUUAGCAGAUAAAAUUACACCAGGUACACGUAUAAAGGUGUUGGGUGUUUUAGGUAUAUUUGAGGGUGGAGGUAAAAGAAGAGAGAUUGCAGGUGGUACAAUUCGUACCAAUUAUCUAAGAGUGUUGGGUAUUACCUCUGAUAAUGCAGGUCGUGAUUCAAUGCAUUUCACACCUUCUGAGGAACAAUCUUUCAAGGUAUUCUCAAGAAGACAAGAUCUAAGAAAUAUUAUAGCAAGUUCAAUUGCACCUUCAAUCUAUGGUCAUGAAGAUAUUAAACGUGCAAUUAGUUGUCAACUAUUUGGUGGAAGUUCAAAGAAACUACCCGAUAAAAUGAGAUUAAGAGGUGAUAUUAAUCUCUUGUUAUUGGGUGAUCCUGGUACUGCUAAAUCACAACUAUUGAAAUUCGUAGAGAAGGUUGCACCCAUUUCAGUCUAUACAAGUGGUAAAGGUAGUAGUGCUGCGGGUUUAACAGCAUCGGUAAUUCGUGAACCCUCCACUGGUGAGUACUAUUUGGAGGGUGGUGCAAUGGUGGUUGCUGAUGGUGGCGUAGUAUGUAUUGAUGAAUUUGAUAAAAUGAAUGUUGAUGAUCGUGUUGCAAUUCAUGAAGCUAUGGAACAACAAACCAUAUCAAUUGCAAAAGCAGGUAUUACCACCAUUUUAAAUAGUAGAACCUCAGUAUUGGCCGCUGCAAAUCCCGUCUAUGGUCGUUAUAAUGAUGCUGCAGAUGACAAUAUUAACUUUCAAUCUACUAUUCUUUCACGUUUUGAUUUAAUUUUCAUUGUAAAAGAUCCAAAGAAUGAGAAACGUGAUUUCAUCAUCUCAAAACAUGUCAUUAAUAUUCACGAGAAAUCAAGUCGUAGUGGUGGUAGUGGUAGUGUUGGUAAUAAUACUUAUGACCUUUCAAAUACUGUCGUUGAUGAUAGUCACAUCGGUGAGAAUGAAGUUACAAUUCAAUACUUGAAAAAAUAUAUUGCAUAUGCUCGUUCAAGAAUUAGUCCUCGUUUAUCUGAAGAUGCCGUUACAACUUUAAAAAAUCAUUACGUUUCAGUACGUGCAAAAUCAAAAGAACAAGAAAUGAUUAAUAAUGGUAGUUAUGGUGGUGGUGGUUCAAAAAACUCAGUUGAAACUGAAAGAAAGAAAAGAAAAAAUGCAAUUCCAAUCACUGUUCGUCAAUUAGAAGCUAUCAUUCGUAUCUCUGAAUCAUUGGCAAAAAUGUCCUUAUCUCCAAUUGCUACGAAUGAACAUGCAAAAGAGGCAAUUCGUUUAUUCGAUAUCUCAACAUUUGAUGCAAUCACUACCAAUAAUACUGUAAAUGAAACUUUAACACCUGAACGUUUAGAAAAUAUUAGAACCGCUGAAAAAUACCUUAAAGAUAGAGUACCCAUUGGUUCAAGUAUUAGAAUUAAAGAUGUUCGUUUUCAAUUAUCUCGUUCUGGUUUAGAUCAUUUUACAAUUUUAAAGGCUGUCGAUAUUUUAGUUGGUAGAGAUGAAUUUGAAUUUAGAAAUCAAAAAAGAACUUUAUUUAGAAAACAAUAA